AUUGCCACCACAAUACAUCAACACAACUCAACUCAACUCUUUUUCUACUCUAUCAAAGGGAGAAACACAAACAAAAAAUAAAAGAUAGGGGUGACUUGAUCUUAGAGAACAUAUAUAGUGCAAAAUGGCAAGAAAAUUGAGUACUUUAGUUGUUGUUGGUGCAAUUUUAUUUGCUUUAAUACAACAUGUUUCAAUGGCACAACAAACUCAUGUUGUUGGUGAUACUUUGGGUUGGACCGUUCCUAAUGGUGGCGCCGCCUCUUACUCCACAUGGGCCGCCAGGAAAACCUUUGUCGUUGAUGACAUUCUAGUCUUUAACUUUAGAAGUGGAUCACACAGUGUGGCUGAAGUAUCAAAAGGGGCUUUUGAUUCAUGCAAUACUUCAAGCCCAAUUUCAAUUUCAACAAAUGGCCCAACAAAUAUUACAUUGAGUUCUGCUGGAUCACAUUACUAUCUUUGUACUUUUCCAAGCCAUUGUACAUUGGGCCAGAAAUUGGCUAUCAACGUCUCCGGCUCCGCCUCUCCCGCUCCUCACUGA